CCAGCAGGUCACCCCUGUGCAGUUAGCAGGUCGGUUUAAUCAAGUUUCACUGCAUCCCACAGAAAUCGGUUACGGUUACAAGGUAGUAAAUAAAUUAAAGAUGCCCACAAAAAAGAAAAAAACAAGACAGAGAGCAGAGGAGGAAACUGAAGCUGUGGAUGACGAAGACUCGGAGGAUCAGGAACCAAAGACCAAGAAGAAAAGUGAGCAGCCGAGAGAGUCAAAAGACACCAGAAGACCGAAGAAGAAGCUAAAGGACGCUGAUGAAGAGCCGUACAACUCGGACACAUCAGAGCCUGACGUGAAGAAAACCAAGAAGAAAGGACGAGGUCAAGAAAAGGUAAAAAAGAAGAAGAAGAAAGAUGAAGAGGACAGCGAUGAUGAGCUAAGCAACAAAUCAGGCAAUACAGACAAUGAAGAGUACAGUAAUGAGUCCAAAGGUAGAAAGAGACGAGGGAAUCUCCCAGAUGUGAUUGAGAUCACGAAGAAAGGCUCAAAGAAGGCCUCAGUCAAAGACAAGAUGGGCAAGGAUAAGAAAUCCAAAAAGGACUCGGAGAAAGAGGAUGACCCUUCGGCCGGGGACGAGGAGGAGGGAAAGAAGAAAAAGAAAGAAAAGAAGAAAAAAGGUUCGGUGAAGGCUGACAGUGACGAUGACGCAAAGAAGACAAAAGGCAAAAAGAAGAAGAUCGAAAAUUAUGUUGAAAUCUACGAGAAAGAGCUGCGCAACUACGAACCAGAAAAAGUGGAGAACUACGAAGAUGAGUACCACAAAAAGAAAGUGUAUGAGGUGGUGACCAUCACGGGUGAUGAAAGAGGAGCUGGAACCGAUGCCAACGUGUUUGUCACUCUCUUCGGGGAAUACGGUAUAACUCCCAAAGUUCACCUGGCCAGCAACACAGAAAAAAGGAGUCGCACGGCAUUCGAAAGAGCCAAGACAGACGUGUUCAGAAUCAGAACCCACAAUGUCGGCUCCGUGAAAAAGAUCAGGAUUGAGCACGACAACACAGGUUUGAGUGCCAGCUGGUUUCUGGACAGGGUCGUGAUCACAGAUGUGAUCCGGCCUCACCUGAGGUUCUAUUUUGCCUGUAACAACUGGCUCAGUAAGGUGGAAGGAGAUGGACUGUUUGUCAGGGACCUGCUGGGCAGCAUGGACCCCAUGGACAUACCCAAAUAUAAUAAGUAUGUUGUGAGUGUUUUCACGGCAGAUCUAAAAGGCAGUGGAACAGACGCGGAUGUCUUCAUCAAUAUAUUCGGGGAGCUUGGAGACACAGGAGAGAGGCGACUUGACAAUGACAAGGAUAACUUCGAAAAAGGAACUGAGGACAAGUUUACCGUCGAAGCACCGAAUUUAGGCAAAAUUAGGAAGAUCACCAUUGGCCAUAAUAACAAAGGCUCCUCAGCAGGGUGGUUUGCAGACAAGGUGGUUGUGGAUGAUCUCGGAAACAAACUGAUGUAUGAGUUCCCCAUUAACCGCUGGUUUGCUAUUGAUGAGGACGACGGGAAGAUCCAGAGGGACGUGUUGGCGGGCGGGAGUCAGCCCACAGGUAUUGUGUACAAUGUCCAGAUUGUGACAGGAAACAUCCGGGGUGCUGGGACCAACUCCAAAAUCCACAUUGUGAUGCAUGGCACGAAAGGCAUGAAGAACAGUGGAAAGGUGUUUUUGGAAGGUGGAAAGUUUGAGCGGGGCUUGACGGACAUCUUUAACGUUGAGACGGCUGCCCUCCUCAGUCCCCUCAGCCGAGUCACCAUCGGACACGACAACGACGGCCUCAGCGCCGGGUGGUUCUGUGACAAGGUCGUGGUGUACUGUCCAUUCACAGGCAUAGAGCAGACCUUCCCCUGCGGUAAAUGGCUGGAUGAGAAAGAGGGCGAUGGGCUGAUAGAGAGGGAGCUCUAUGAGAUGGUCUCGCUCAGGCAGAAGAGACAGAAGAAGCACCCCUGGUCCCUGUGGAUCUGGACGUCAGACCUGGCCGGAGCAGGAACGGACGCAGACAUCUCUUUCCAGCUGUACGGAGAGAAGGGCAAGUCCGACGAAAUCAGGCUGGACAACAAAACAGACAAUUUUGAGCAGGGACAGGUCGACAGAUUCAUGGUCGAGCUGCCAGAUCUGGGGAAAAUCACCAAACUUCGAAUCUGGCAUGAGAAGAGGAAUCCUUUUGCUGGGUGGCAUCUCAGCAGGGCAACGCUGAUGAAGACGUUAACGAAGGAGAAGUAUGCCUUUCCUUGUGAGCGGUGGCUGGAUACGAAUGAGGAUGAUAACGAGGUUGUGAGAGAGUUAACCGCCACUGGAGACCUGAUUGCCGAGCCUCUGCCACUGGUCAAGUACAGAGUGACCGUGUGCACGGGGACCGUCGGCGGCAGCGGCACAGACGCUUCUGUUUUUCUAAAUCUGAUUGGAGACCUGGGGGACACCGGCGAUCGCCAGCUGGUCAACUGCAAAAACAAUGUCAACAAGUUUGAGAAGGGAAAUCUGGACGAGUUCAUCAUUGAGGCAGUAACCAUCGGCCAGGUCCGCCGGGUGAGAAUUGGACACGAUGGCAAAGGUGGAGGCUGUGGCUGGUUUUUAGACAAAGUGGUUGUACGAGAAGAGGGACAAGCUGAGGCCCAGGCUGCGGAGUUCCCCUGCAACAGGUGGCUGGAUCGCAAUGAGGACGAUGGACAGAUUGUUCGAGAGUUGGUGCCGUUCUCAGACGGACAGCGUCUUUACAACAUCAGCUAUCACGUCGCGGUGAAGACAGGAGACAUCCCCGGAGGCAGCUCGGACUCCAACGUGUUCGUCAAGCUCUACGGCGAGAAAGGGGACACGAGCAAGAUGAUGCUGGUGGUCUCCGCCAACAACCUGGGGAAUUACUUUGAGACGGGCCGCGUUGACAUCUUCACCGUGGAAACCCUUGAUAUCGGACAGAUCAACCGUCUGAUGAUUGGCCACACCAACAUAGGCAUGCGUGCCGGCUGGUUCUUGGACAGCGUUCAGAUCAUUGUUCCGGUCCAUGGAAGGCAUUACAUGUUCCCCAGUCACCGCUGGCUGGAUGAGGAUGAGGCUGAUGGCAAGACGGAGGUGGAGCUUUAUCCCAGUGAGAUCUUGGACAUGGAGCAAUUGAUCAACUAUGAGGUGACCGUCGUGACUGGAGACGUCACCUUUGCAGGCACCAACGCCAGAGUGUUCAUUCAGAUUUAUGGGAAGAAAGGCAAGACCGAGGUUAUCACUCUUGAAAGCAGAUCCAACAACUUCGAGCGGAACACCACGGAAAUAUUCAAGAUAGAAGCCAAAGAUGUAGGGAAGAUUUUCAAGAUCCGCAUCGGUCACGACGGCUCUGGGAUCGGAUCGGGAUGGUUUCUGGACACGGUGGACGUGAAACACCUCAUCAUGGCCAUGGUCCCCAAAGAGAAGAAGAAGGAGGACAAGAAGAAGAAGAAGAAAAAAAAGAAAGACGAGGAAGACGAGGAUGAAGAGGGCGGAGAGGAGAUGCAGGAGGUGGUGCUGACCUAUCAUUUUCCCUGCUCACGCUGGCUGGCUGGAGGGGAGGAGGACGGGGAGCUGGUGGUGGAGCUGCUGCCUGAUGGAGAAGAGGAACUGGAAGUCAACACUUAUGAAGUGUGUGUGUUCACUGGUGACAUGCUGGGAGCUGGGACCGAUGCCAACGUCUACAUUAAUAUCUACGGAGAGAACGGAGACACGGGCGAGCGCUACCUGAAGAAUUCUGACAACCUCAACAAAUUCGAGCGGGGGCAGGAGGAUGUUUUCAUCGUGACAGCUAUUGACUUGGGCCCUCUUAAGAAGCUGCGAAUCCGACACGACAACAGCGAUCCUUACUCCGCUUGGUACCUCGAUCGGGUGGAGAUCGUGGACACAACGGAGGACACAACAUACUACUUCCCCUGUAACCGCUGGCUGGCAGUGGAUGAAGACGACGGGCAGAUAGCGAGGGAGCUGGUUCCAGUGGACGAGGCCUUCAUGAGGAAGGACGAGGAUGACGAGGGGACAGGGGCCACGCUGGGGCUCGAGCAGAAAUCCAUGUCGACUACAUACACUCUUAAAUUAAAAACGGGAGAGAAAAAGUACGCUGGAACGGACGCAAACGUGUUUGCCAUCCUGUUCGGCGAAAAUGACGACACAGGAAUCGUUAAUCUGAAGGCCUGUAAGAACUACAAGAACAAGUUUGAGCAGGGGAUGAUCAAUGAGUUCACAGUGGAGGCCGUGGAUCUGGGCGAGCUGGAGAAGCUUCGAAUCGGCCACGACAACUCAGGAGGUUCCUCCGGUUGGUUCCUGGACUGGGUGGAGAUCGACGCCCCCUCGCAGGGUCAGAGAAUGCGCUUCCCAUGUGGCCGCUGGCUGGAUAAAGGCGAGGACGACGGCGCGACUGUGAGAGAUCUCUACCCAGCUGAGCUCCAGACGGAGUUCUACAUGCCGUUUGUGCCUUACGAGAUCAAGAUUUACACCAGCGACGUGUUUGCAGCGGGGACGGAUGCGGACGUGUUUAUAGUCCUGUACGGGAGCAAGGGCGUGUGCACGCAGCAGAAACACCUGUGCGUCAACAAGAGAGAGCGACGGCUGUACUUCGAGCGCGGAGCGGAGGACAUGUUCAUUGUGGAGCUGGAGGACAUCGGCGACGUCCUGGAGAAAAUCAGGAUCGGACACGACAACAGAGGCACCAACCCCGGGUGGCACCUGGACAGAGUGGAGAUCAGGCGGCAGCUCAGGAAAGGAAAGGGCUCAGAGACGACCAUUUUCCCCUGCGAGUGCUGGCUGGCCAAGUCCGAGGACGACGGGGAGACGGUGAGGGAGCUGGUCCCCUCGGACAUCAUCACGCAGAAGCUGCUCCGGGAUGGGACGCUGAAAACCACUGAGACUGAGGUGGAGGACGCUCUGGAGAUUCACUCGUACAAAGUGUCUGUGCGGACGGGCGAUAUGUACGGAGCCGGAACUGACGCCAACGUCUUCCUCACCAUCUACGGAGACCUGGGAGACACCGGGGAGCGCAAGCUCGCCAAGUCCGAGAACAACAAGAACAAGUUUGAGCGAGGGGAGGUGGACAAGUUCACAAUCGAGGCCGUGGACCUUGGGCAGGUGUUCAAGAUCCGCAUCCGUCAUGACAACUCCAUGAUUGCGGCCGACUGGUACCUGGACCAGGUGGAGGUGCUGGACGUGGAGACGGAGGAGGUGUACAUGUUCCUGUGUGAGCGCUGGCUUUCCACUAAGAGAGAGGACAAAAGAAUAGAAAGGACUUUCUACGUUAAGGAUUAUGAGGGUGAAAGAAGCACUGACCCAUACACCAAGAAGAUGGCUCAGGCCAAACUGGGCCUGGACAGGAAUGCCAACAAGAAGAAAAAGAAGAAAAAGGUGGCAGUAGCUGAAGAAGGUCCAAUCAUUCCCUAUCACUUCACCCUGUCCACGGGGAUUGAGCGCGAUGCCAGCACCAUGGCCCGGGUCUACGUUAUCAUCAUCGGCCCGAAUGACGCCGAGACGGACCGGCUGUGGCUGGACCUCCCCGAGGGGAAGAAAUCCUUCUCAGCCGGCACCAUGGAGCACUUUGUGUGCUAUGGAAGUGACGUAGGAGAGAUCAAGAGGGUGGAACUCGGCCAUAACGGUGUCACACCAGAGAGCUGCUGGUUGGUGGAUGAGCUGUCGGUUGCCGUGCCAACCAAAGGUAUCAAGUACAUCUUUCCAUGUAAGUGCUGGCUGGCUAAAGACAGGGGAGAUGGUCUGACUGCCAGACUGCUCAACGUGCUGGACUCCAGCACCAUCAACAUUACCCGCAAAGUUGUGUAUACCGUCACGGUUGUGACAGGUGACACUCAGUAUGCAGGGACCGACACCAACAUUUUCCUGACCGUGUACGGAGUCAACGGGAGCACCGAGGAAAUGCUGCUGCCUAAAAACGAGGAUAGAUUUGAAAGAGGUCAAGAAGACACUUUCAGCCUGGAGAUCGACGAUAUUGCUCCUCUAAAGAAGAUCAGAGUUCGGAUUGACGGCAGCGGCAGUCGCCCUGAUUGGUUUCUGGACAGGAUGCUACUGAGGAACCUCAUCACCGACGACGUGUAUCUGUUCACCUACGAGAACUGGCUGUCCAAAACCAAAGGUCCGAAGAGGACGAAGGUGUGUGAACUCGCCGCCGUGGUGGACGAGGAGGAAAUGGUGGAGAAAACCACCUACAUCAUCCAAGUCCAGACCAGCGAUGUCACAGGUGCUGGCACAGACGCCAACGUGUUUCUGAUACUGUUUGGGGAGUACGGAGACACGGGGACUCUGCCUCUGAAAGAAAGCACCAACAGGAACAAGUUUGAGCGGAAAACCAAGGACGUGUUUCGAUUCCCCGACAUGCUCAGUCUAGGCGAGCUGUCCAAAGUCAGAGUUUGGCAUGACAACAAAGGUCCUGCUGCCGGGUGGCACCUGGAGUAUAUCGACGUGAAAGAUGAGGCCAUGGACCAGACCUUCAGGUUCCCCUGCGACCGCUGGCUGGCUAAAAACGAAGACGACAGGCAGAUCAUGAGGGAGCUGGCUUGUGCCAACAAUGACGCUGUAGACCUCAGUGACAAAACUAAAUACGAAAUUGCCACAACUACUGCAAACACGGACGAUUCCUCCACCUCGGAAAACGCUUGGAUUGUUUUGGAAGGCAGGAAAGCCCGCUCCAAAGAGUUUGUUCUGGAAAAUAAGAAGAAGAAGUUCCUUUGCGGUGCCACCGACACGUUCGAGUUUUCGUCCAAGCACCUGGGGGAGAUCGCCGGGAUCUGCCUCGGUCACAUCACUAAGGACGGCAAGAAGGUGAAGAGUGAAGCUUUCUGGCACGUGAUGGAGGUGGUGGUGACGGAGAAGGAGCUGGGGAACAAGUAUUUCUUCCACUGCGAUGCCCAAAUCCCCCUGGCAGCCAAAAAGGAGCAGUUCCAGACGUUCGAGUGCUACAAGUCGGUGGAAAGCUUCGCCAGCAAAGUCCGCAACCUGGUCCCCGUCAAGUACGAGGUCAUCGUCAUCACCGGGGACGUCAAAGGGGCGGGCACGGACGCCAACGUCUUCAUCACCAUCUACGGCGUCAACGGCGACUCGGGCACCCGCCACCUGCGGCAGAGGUUCCGCAACCUGUUCGAGCGCGGGCAGACGGACCGCUUCGUCCUGGAGAUGCUCGACCUCGGCGAGCUGCUGAGGGUCAAAGUGGAGCACGACGCCAGCGGCCCCAACUGCGGGUGGUUUCUGGAGUGCGUCGAGGUGACCAACACAGCCAACUCGGUCACGACCAUCUUCCAGUGUGGAAAGUGGUUGGACGUUCACAAAGCCGACGGGCAGAUUCAGCGAGUGCUCUACCCCAGAUAUUAGACCCCAAACCCAUCAAGCAAAGAGUGGGUCUGCAUUUUCCAUCUCCUUUUUUUUUAAUUACAUGUUAAAUGAGAGUUGUGUGGAAAACAUUUACAGGCCUCAAUGUGACAUGAUGUCAACUCUUCGGGGGUAGAAACAGUGUUUUGUUCUUCCAUCGGUGCCAAGUGUUCAGGCUGCCCCUCUACAAACCUCACACAAAGCCAU